AAUGUUUUGAUGAUCGCUAUAUGGCUCCAGCUCAUGCCUGCCUGGUAACGUUAAUAAUGAAUUUCAGUAGCAAUGUGUUUGCUCUUGGGACCCCGACAGUAUUCAUAUCCUUUGGGUAUUUUAUAUUCUGGUUUGAAAUGCCGUUAAAUGUGGUGCGGUUGUCUGUGGAUACGGCGUUUACAUCAGCACGAAGGCUUUGAAUGUAUCCGGAUGUAUGCAUGUUGAUCCGUUGACGUUUCAUUAACCUUAGCUUUUUAACCACAAAACAGGUGCACUUGCCCAAAAUGAUUAAAUAUGAGAGACAAUAUGUAGCGACUGACCGUUUUUAAGUAUUUGCUGCUUCUCAUAUGGCAGUGAGUUGGCUAUUUAACAGAGGUUGCUAUGAGAUGUUUAUCCUGCUCAGCUGUGGACAUAAUCCCCUAUACUGGAUAAAGUUAAACUGGAUCUGUGUGGUGCCAUGGCAGCCAACACAACUCCACAACAUGACAAAGGAGCUUAAAAGAGAAGCAAAGCUUACAGCUAAACCACAGCAUUUAAGAUAUAGUACAGUAUGUAAUAGCACAGUAUUUUAGUAAAGACGUUCUUGUUCUUCUGUACUUGUACCUGUUGUCAAUAUUUGCCUAGAGUUGUUUUGAGAGAUUUUUAAAAGUGUGUCCGCCCUUUCAGUUCAAUAAGGAUUGGUUUUCUCUCUUUUCUCUCCUUUACAGGUUAUGAUCUUUUUUUGGUCUUCUCCUUUGUUUUUUAGCUCUUAUCUGGAAUCCCUUUAAAUGUGCUCGUAAAGUACCUGUGAAAUUAAAUUGAAACUUUUUUCCUUUUAGUAUAAAUACGUUAGGCUUAAGAAUAAAUAUAAACUGAUUCGGUCCAAAACAUUGCCAACAUUCUCAUAAAUAAGAUAAAAGCAUUCAACACCUACAGUUUGGCAUGUGCACUGAAAAAGUUUUUCUGUCCAAUCAAAUUCCGCAGCGUCCCGCCCUUUAGGUUUUGUUACAUUACGUCUUUGCUGGAAUGUGCCAUAAUUUUUUUUCUCGAUAGUUCAGUUAAACUGACAUUCCAGUUUGUUCAGAUGAGUUGCUUUUACCAAGUUGAUUCCACAUUAUCAAGUUUUUCCUCUUUAACAGACUUGGGCUGUGAUGCGCAAUGCUUUUUUGUGUCUAGUAAAAGGUUUUCUCAUAUCCGUGACACUUGGCAGGCACAGACCACAUCUGUUUCAUAAAGUAGAUGUGAAAAUAGAGGUGUGUGUGGUUGGGAGAAUCACAUCACAAGUAAUAAAUGAUCAAUUGCAACAUGAUAAAUUGACUCGAGCCAAAUACUGACGGUGCCGGAGCUGGUGCAUACAAGCGGGAAUGCUGACUCUAGUCUAGAAAGGACUGGGCUGUUUCAGCAAAAUGGUUCUUGACAAGAACUUGGCACAAUGAGUACAGAGAGAACUUGCCAUCAAAUACAUCUGGGGUCGUGAAGCAAUGCUACAAAUAAAUGAUUAACUGUUGAUUUCUGGGUAAAAAAGUGCCUAGACUGGAUGGAUGGGAUAUGUUGUUUUUCAACCUUGUCUUGAUCUCACAACCACAGCAAACAUAAAGCCUCUGUUUGUAUAGUUAAACAUCAGGGUGUUUAAGUCAAUAUGAACAGCAGUAUACUAUACUAUAUUAUAAUUUUGUAAUGUGGCAGUGAAAUAAAAUAUUCAAUAAGAAAAUAUGUAACACAUAAAUUGAUUGGAUCGUGAAACGUGGGCGGUUGAAAUAUAACCAGAAGCGAGCGCAUGCUUGCAUUUAGUUGUGAUUGACUACUAGCUGACAUUCAUCACUUUUGACUACGUAGGUUGUGAAACUUGCAGGUAAAAUCCUGAAAAGCAACUUGACGCACCAUAAUGGCUCGAUUGUCUUAUGUUCGAGUGAAGCAUCUCUUGCUCACCUGGCUUGUGGUGUUUGUGGGCAGUUGGGUUGUUUAUGUGCAGUACUCUAGUUACAGUGAGCUGUGCAGAGGACGAGAAUGCAAGAGCAUUAUUUGUGACAAAUACAGCAAAGGCAUUAUUGAUGGCUCUGCAUGUAGCAGCUUGUGUGAAGAAAGCUCACUAUACUUUGGAAGGUGCCUCUCCACCAAGUCAAACAAUCAGGUGUAUACAGGCAGCUGGGGUGACAAGGAUGGGGUCAUAAAGUGCCAACUCGGUGACGUUCUGCACUAUGAACUGGGAGAAGAGCUAGAGCAAAAGAAAGAGAUAGCACUCUAUGAAAAACCCACCCGUGGAACCUCUGUAGAAAAGUUUAAAGAGAUGGUUGCCAGUCAUUUAAAGGCAAAGGUGGGAGAGCUGGCCAACCUUUCUAGUCUGGUAACCCUAAUUCUUUCAGUGGCAGACAGCAAUCGAGAUGGCCAUAUCUCUCUCCCAGAGGCCAAAUCUGCUUGGGCUUUAUUGCAGCUCAAUGAAGUCCUACUCGCAGUGGUGCUCCAAGACCGGGAACACACGCCUCGACUUUUGGGCUUCUGUGGAGACCUAUAUGUGGUAGAGAGGGUGCCUCAUGCUCCGCUGUAUGGUCUCAGCCUUCCAUGGCCCAUGGACCUGUGGAUCCCUACGGGUAUGCGUCGAAGGAUGGACCAGUGGUUCACCCCUUCAUGGACUCGUAAGGCCAAAAUCUUUAUCGGGUUGCUGGAACUUAUAGAAGACAUCUUCCACGGUACUUUUGGCAGCUUCUUAAUGUGUGACAUGAGAGCCAGUACAUUCGGUUACACCGAUCGGCAUGACCUCAGGCUGGUAGACGGGCAGCGCGUGGUAGCCGAAGAGGCCUUCAAACAGGCUAUGGUCCUCAAGCGUUGCCAGGAGGACGAGGAUUGUGUGUACGGCGUGGAUUGUCGGACUUCGUGCGACCUUGCUGAACACCAUUGCACGGCCGACGUGGCUCAGCCCAACUUGGCCAGGGCUUGCGGAGCGCUAAAAGACUACCUCCUAAGAGGAGCUCCCUAUCAUCUACAAGAAGAGCUGGAGAAGCAGUUAUACGCCUGCAUUGCUCUUAAGGGUUCUGCCGAGCAGAUGGAAAUGGAGCACUCGCUCAUCCUCAACAACCUCAAAACAUUGCUGUGGAAACAGAUCUCGCACACUAAUGACUCCUGAAGAAAAUAAGCUACAUUCAAAAGCUUGAAAGUCCCAUCAGAUUCAAUUAUUAGGAAUCUGGCUGGAAAUACAAUGCUGGUGGGAAUGCAAAUUUUGCCUUCAUUUUGAUAGGCUCUUGAAGUGAGACUGGCAGGGAUAUUCAUUGCUGCUGUUAUACGAAGUUCUUUUUCACAAAACGGUGACAAGAUAUGCUCAGGCUCACCAUUUUGAGUAAAAUUCACGUUUCUAUUUUGUCCACACUUUAUCAUACAUUAAUCGGUGAUUAUGCUUAUUUUAUACUUCCUUCAAGUGUUAUGAAGGAGCAAAUGACUUUGCAUCCAUUGUUGGAUGUUAACACAAUGCUAAAGAAUGCACUCACCACCAACUAUGGUUGUGUAAAUUGUAUUAUAGUUUUUCAUUAAUGAGCACAGCAAAAAGAGCCAUAAAGGAGCCAUUCUGAAAUGGAUUUGAAAAUGCCUUGAUAUGCAUGUUGCCAGUGAGUGUGUUUUUUAUUUUUAGUGCUUGUGUGUGAAAACGAGUCUCAUUGCUCGUACUCCCACAACUGAAGGACACAAAAAUAUUGAUGUAGAGCAGAGCAAGAUCGCACUGCACAGUUCAAAUUCAAAUGUUUACCAGAUAAAUCAAGUUUAAGGCCUUUUAAAUCAAUUAUAAAAGCCUAUAGCAUUGUUGGUCUGUUAUUUAUUUUAAAUUAUUUUGGUUUGUUGGCAUCCAAGUCUGUACUCAUAAGUAGGUCGCUGUAAGUACCCAUCUGCUAAAUGAAUUUGAACAUUAAAUCGCGAAUUGUCACUUUGACUUAAAUUAUGCAAAAGGUUGGGGAAUGUGUAAACUUUAUAUACAUUUUUUUUGCCAUUUGAAUCUUGUGUAACUUUUUGUAGAGUAAAAAAUUUGAUGUAGGCCUGUGUAAGGCAUGUGUGAAAUUACUUUACAAGCUAAAACAGUACGAAAUGUCUUUCGUCACCAUCAUUCAUGAUCUACUAACAAUAAGAGAUUUAUGCUUUCAGUGAUUACAUAAAACAUUUUCAGUAGAAUGUUAUGGAUUGUAUACAUGCCAGUUUGUUCCAUUUUGUGUGUUAAUGAAACGCAUUGCUGCUGAUUGAGAGUUAGUGAUUUUUUUUUAAGAUUUGAUUGCAUGACUUUGCACAUUAAAAAUGUUUCAAAUACUUU